CCAUCACCGGGUAAAGCUGCUCCACGGCCUCAGAGAGAGCACCGCCGAGCCGGGAGUUGACAGACUGAAGAAAGCGAUAUUCAGCUGACGGCAAAGAUGGACUUUUUAAUAGGAAAUCCGUUCUCGACUCCAGUAGGCCAUCGAAUAGAAUAUGCCACAAGCUCAAGUCUGCAGUCAGAGGACUGGGGCCUAAACAUGGAAAUCUGUGACAUCAUCAAUGAGACGGAGGAAGGACCUAAAGAUGCUGUCAGAGCGAUAAAGAAGAGGAUUGUCGGGAAUAAAAACUUUAGAGAAGUCAUGCUUGCUUUGACUGUUCUGGAGGCUUGUGUAAAGAACUGUGGCCACAGGUUCCAUCUCCUGGUGUCGACCAGAGAAUUUGUAGAGGGGGUUUUGGUCCAAACAAUUUUACCUAAAAAUGAGCCUCCUCUAGUUCUUCAUGACAGAGUACUGAGUAUUAUACAGGCCUGGGCUGAUGCAUUCCGCAGUUCACCAGAUUUAACGGGAGUAGUUUUUGUGUAUGAAGAUCUCAGAAGGAAAGGGCUGGAAUUUCCGAUGACUGAGCUGGAAAAUUGUUCCCCAAUCCACACACCCAUCAAGCGAGUUCCUGACCAGAAGUUCCCCGUAACCAUGUGUGAUGCCCCCCUCUCCCCUACACACCCAGUUCAGUCCCCACCGCAGACUCCUUCCAUGCAGAAUCCAGAAGGCCCCAUCAUUUUAUCACCUGAUCAGGUGAAGAAGCUGAAGGCUGAUCUGGAGGUAGUUCGUAGUAACCUCAGAGUGAUGUCAGAUAUAAUGAUUCAAAUGGAUCCUGGACGCAUUCCGAAAUCUGACACAGAACUCCUGCGGCAGUUGUACUCCUCAUGUAAGGCAACACAGGAACGAGUAGUGCACCUUAUUCCCAGAGUAACUGAGGAGACGUUGGUAGAGCAGCUGCUGGUUGCCAAUGACGACAUGAACGCAACCUUCACACGAUAUCACAGUUUUGAAAGACAUCUCAACAGACAGAACACUGGACAAUCGUGUCCCACUUAUGGCAACCUUAUUGACCUCAACUCUUCUAAAUCACACAACCAAUCAAAGCAAUCAACCCCUAUUCAUGAGCCCAUCAGCCACACAGUCGACUCACUGUCCAGUCAGAUGGCUGGCCUAAGCACAAAAGUAGAAGGCCAUACACAACAACAACACUAUUCUUCAGGGCGGCUCCAAAACAGGGAGGAGAAUUCUACAGUACUGGACGAACUAGCUGCAGGACAAACUCAACUGCAUAAUGCUGAAGUGGAUGACAGCCGAGACUCCAUCCCCCUCGGCACCUCCUCUGAAUUUUAUUGGAUGGUGGACAAGGGCAUGAUCCCUGUCAAUCAGAGUGGUGUGAUGGACGACAUUGAACGGUGGCUUGAUGUGGAUGAUGAUGAUGACUUGGCAGAUUCUGAGGGCGUGACCAGUGAAGAGUUUGAUCGAUUUUUGGCAGAGAGAGCAAAAGCAGCUGAGCGUCUUCCCUCUGUGAAAGCAUCAACUCAUGACCACCUGCCAUCAAAACCGCAGUGAUUACAAGAACAUGGUCAUCUACAACUAACACAUUCCCCAGCAAGGAUCAUCAUUAGCACAAAAAUAGAUGAUGAAGAAGAAUGUUUUUAAAUGUUUAUGGGUUUAUGCAAUGGCUAUAAUCAUGUCAUAAAAAUGCAUCACAGAGAAGAAACGCUGCAUAACAUGAAUUUUAAAUGUACUAAUCGUGAUUUUAGGGCUCUGGCACUGACGUUGUGCCAUUCUCUGGUUUACCAGGCUGUUAUAUAUCUUUUGCAACAAGCACUUUUAUAAAACAAUGCUAGUAUGAAA